AUGGAAGGCGUUGACACAGAACUCAAGGAUCUCAACCUAUCCGAUCAAUUGCGGUCCAAUUCCUCUUUCAUGAAGAUUGCUGCGACUCUCUUUCAUUAUGGAAACCAGUCGAUGAAUGCUGCCCAAUUGGUCACUGCCGUCAGGGCACUCAAUCUGCUUCCGCUUAGAGGAGAAACCCCCAAGAGUACCAUUCAAGGUAUCAUUUCGACGUCUCGCAAGCAAGCCAGGGAUUUGAAGCAACCUGAUCCGUUUACUAUCCACAAGGAGAAUUCGGGACGACAGGCCAAGUACUCGAUUUCCGAUACGGUGUUGAAUGGCGUCAAAGUACCAGAGCCCUUGGAGAUACCGGAUGAGCCUAUCAUUCUCAAGCCUGUGGAGAGUUCAAGUGGUAGUUUUGCCUCCUCGUAUUCACUGGGCAAGCGUCAAAGGAAAUCACCAAAGUAUUACACACCUGAAGCUCUCCGCAAAGCCAAGAAUCGUCGUGCUAGAGCCGCCAAGCUGCGUCGGAAGAACAAGGAAGGAUUCAGUGGUGCCGAAUCUGACAGCAACUCGGAUGUGGAUGUGGAUAUGGAUGAAGACCUUGAUUUCAUGUCAAUGGCAUCAUCGGAUGAAGAGGAUUCUCAAGUCAACACACAACCAGAAGAAGACACUAUCAGCGGCUAUUCUCUUCUUUAUUCUGCACCCCCGGCUGAUCAAGAUUACAUCGACCCUAUCAAUUUUGAAGACUAUGGUGUCGCAUCGUACUUUGCCAUUGCACAACAAAAAGGCUAUUCGUAUCCACGUUUUCGGUCACAUGACAAGAUCAAGAUCCCCAAAGUUCAUUGCGAAGACAAGUUCCGUGUCACUGAUGUCAUCUCCAAUGCUACUCAACGUGCUAUUGGGCGCCUUUUCAUUCUUGCUGAUGGCCAUGGUGGUCGUGGAUGUUCAGAGUACUUUGUUCGCAACACACCCGCUGCCGUCCAAAAGUUAUGCAACAACUACGACCCUGAGAAAUUCGACGAUAAGGAUGUACAGAAGCAAUUUGAAAAGGAUAUCAAGAGGAUGGUGGAGGAAAUCGACACAGAAUAUCUAGCAUUGAAAAGGAUACAGCUUGGACGACAUCAGGCAGCAAACAACAAUAAUCACAAUGAUAACAACACCAACUCGGAUCAACAAAAUGAACCAACAGCACCGAAUGAGGAGUUGGACAAUGAUGGAUGUACUUUGAUUCUCAACCUAUUUUUCGGCAAAUGGCUUAUCAAUAUCAAUGUUGGCGAUUCACGUUCAGUAUUAAUAUCCGCACCUAAGCCUGCUGAUACAGUACAAAAAACAGCCGAAGAACUCAACAUGCAUCCUCUCAUUUGCGGUCUUGACAAUGAUUACAAAAUGGACGUUGUGUUUGCAUCUCAGGAUCACAAGCCCUACCUCGAGCAUUUAGCACGUGAGAUUCUUGAAAACGGUGGCGAAUUCAUUGAUUCAGUACAAGAUCGAGUGAUUCGAGUGGAUUUAGACAAAUUACGUGAAGAUGGCAAUCGACAGACAAAGCGUGUAGCAUUGAAAAAUGCACGUAUUCGCCCCAAAUGUUACUCGAGUCAUGAACAGCAACAACAGCAACAGCAACAACAACAACAACAGCAACAAUCUCCCUUAUUGUCGAGCGAUAGCAACACAUCCACACCAGGUUACGCUGCUCAAAGCGCUGUGCGCACUACUGCCAACCAUUCACCUGUUUCCAAUACUACCAACGCAUCCAACAAUAGUACGACCACCACCCCCAAUAACAACAAUGGUGGAUUCUUCAAGGUGCGAUCGCGAGACGAACGUAUACCAUCAUUGAAUGUGGCCCGCUCUUGUGGUGAUCUCGACUUUAAGAUGGACCCUAAAAGGAAGAUCAUUUCUUGUGAACCGGAUGUGUCCUUUUUCCGGAUAUCUGAUUCUAUCAAUACCGAUCCCAACUCAAAGACAUUACUCACAUCCGGCACGAAUAAGGAAAAACGACGACACUUUUUAUUGAUGAGCACGGACGGCUUAUUUGAUUACAUGUAUGAGGAAACACCUGAACGACAAAACAGAGCUGUGGCCAAGGUGUUAGGACCCAUGAUUGAAGAUGGUGAAAAGGUUGGACAUUUACUAUUGGAAGAGGAAGAACGUGUCGGCGGCGAGACGAUUGAACACAACCCAUCACCAAAAAAUGAAUCAGAGACGACAACGACGACGACAACGAAUGAAGAAAAAAUGGCUGAGGAUAAGAAUGAUGCACAAAACAACAACAACAGCAGCAAUCCAAAUACACCCAAUGUUGAACCGAUGGCAGUGGAUCCGGUUGUCAAGAAAGAAGGAGAACAACAGCAAUCCGAAACAAAGCCUGAGUCAUCUUCUUCACCACCACCAUCCUCCUCCCCCUCCUCCUCCAAGGAAAAUGAACAACAACAGUCAUCUGAAGAACAAGAGAAAGAACCAGCACCACCUUUGCCACGUCUUUUCCGAGAACUAAACGAGGAUGAAGCCAAGACACGCAAGAUCCGGGAACGUACCUUGGUGAUGGCAGCACGCUAUUUCGCCAACCGCGAAAGUGUACACGGCUUUUUCGCAUCCACCCUUCAAGAUUAUGACGAUUGUACCAUAGUACUGAUUGAGAUUUGA